CAUAUCCUGUCAGGAACUACAUCUUUCUGAUAAGUAUUUAUCUCAUAUUAAUUUAUUUUUGGACAUAUAGUUUUGGUUUUUGGAGGCCUCAGACCGAAAUUCCGUUGCCAUAAUAUAGUGAUAUGUUUUUGUGCAAUGACAAUAAAGAAAGUCUGAGUCUAAGUCCAAGGUUGUCUCCACCCAUUCUACACGUACUUUCCUCUUCACCUCUUAAUUUCGGUCCAUCACUCUGUAUAACUGACCCUAUACUCAUUUGUUUUUACUUACUACACCUUCAUCUUCACCAUCAACGGCCCGUCUGCCCCAAUCUCAAUUACGCACAUGUAUUCUGUCUGUCUGCCUGUCUUGCUUCAAUUAACUCAACACAACUCAUUUUUACUAUCAUGGAAGAACACUACCACAAUGACAAAAAACAAUAGCAAACAAUAACAAACAGUGCGAGGCUGAGAGCAGAUUGCUCAUUCAUUCAUUCUACACCACACUUCACCACUGUCUCUCUGCUCUCAUACAUGUACAACCCUCACUUCUCUGAGGGUCCUGACUUCCUCGUACUUCCUCUCAACGAACUCUGUCAUUGGCUUUCUCCAGAUUAAAAGAACAUAUUGCAACUCCUUCUGACCUCAGUACUUAAUUAACAUCCUCCCUUGACAUGAAAACAUACUGCUUCAUGUAUGUACAUUAUAUAGUAUUAUAUUAUAUAGUAUUAUAUUAUAUUGAAUCAUUGAAUAUUUGUAAUCCAUUCAUAUUCCAAGUAGGAUAAUAAUAGACGAUAAUGUCAAAAAAUAAAAAUAAAAAUAAUAAUCAUAAUAAUUCCUUGUCUAUUGGACUAUUGAAACAUUAUUGGGCCAUGUGCGCAUGCGCUGUUUACAUAUGGGUCACGCGAAACCGCAUCACACUAACGUCCUCCCUCCGCGAUGAAUAAAAUGGCACAAACAAUAUUUUUCGUUGCAUGUUGACAAACUGUAUUGAGCAAAGCACGGAUUAAUUUUUGUAUCCAAAUUGUUGUACAACUUUGUUUGUCAUUUCUAGUUGGAAAUGUGCAGUAAAAGCUGCUGUUGCGGCUUUAGCUGUGCUAACUUGAAGGUUUAGUUUGUAUGCAGCCUAACGGCGGAAGCAGACUGCGCUGGGAUGAGCUGUGAGGCGUCCAAGAUGGCAGCGUCCUGUGGAGUGCAGCGACUCUAGCAGGUAAACAGAGGUGCCUGGAGACCAUAUUGGUGGGUGGCCCCAGGAGUCCUCCAGGCAGGAAGGUACAGCACAGACUGAGUGUGUGAAGGAGAGGGAGACUCCUGUACAGCACUGCCACCAUGGCCAGAGAGCAGCCCAACAUGGGAGAACUCCUCCCACUUUUGGAAACCUCUGACCUCCAGCAGCUGGAAGAGAUUCGAGGCCUUAUCAACGAUCAUCUCAGUACUGAGCGAGGGUCGAUGCUUUUGAAUGGAUUGGUGGACUACUUUUUAGAAACUAACUCUGCUCAGGCCAUGCAUAUCCUCUGCUCAGUAAGAGAACCACAUGACAAGCACCUUCUGGACAAGAUGAACGACUGUAUGAGCAAACAGGCGUGUCGGCUGCCGACUCUCACCCUGCUUGGCCAUGUAAUCCGUAAGCAGCCGUCCUGGAUCCACAAGAUUGCUCGAUAUCCUCUUCUGCUGUCUCUGCUGAAAUGCUUAAAGACGGAUACAGAUGUGGUAGUGCUGAUAACUGGCGUGCUUGUGCUGAUCACUUUGCUGCCAAUGAUCCCCCAAGCUGGAAAACAACACUUAUGGGAAUAUUUUGACAUAUUUGGUCGCUUGGCGUCCUGGAACCUCAAGAAUCCUGGUCAUGUUUCAGAGGUCUACUUGAUCCACCUGCAUGCCAGCGUCUAUUCUCUCUUCCACCGCCUGUACGGCAUGUACCCAUGCAACUUUGUGUCGUACCUGCGCUCACAUUACAGCAUGAAGGAGAACAUGGACACCUUUGAGGAGGUGGUGAAGCCCAUGCUGGAACACGUCCGCAUACACCCGGAACUGGUCACAGGAACCAAGGACCAUGAACUUGACCCCACAAGAUGGAAAAGAUAUGAAAUCCAUGAUAUCGUCAUUGAAUGUGCCAAAGUCUCGCUAGACCCCAAGGAGGCCUCUUGUGAGGAAGGAUAUGCCAAUAUGCCUGAGAACUUUUACCCACCAGUGCAACUGCGACCUCAAGACUGCACCCCUAGCCCCUACACGGAACUGCACAGCAGCUAUGGAAGCUCUUCGUCAACCCCGUUCUCGACUCCCCGGCAGCCUCUUCCCCCGCCUCUGUCCUUGCCACCCUUCUCAGGGACACAGUCCACGUACCGUAGUCCACAGAACACCAGGCAUCAAAAUUCCACAGGUGAAAUCACAUCUACUAGUGGGGUUAAAGAUCCUUUGUGGAGUCCUUCUUCGUUGUGUGGCAUGGCAACACCCCCUUCAUCAAGAGGCAUGUCGCCCAACCUGGAGCACAGUGCCUCUCACCAUCCCAGUCGUAUUCAGUCUACUUCUGGAGGGAAAGGAACGCCGGCCUCCAGCACUCCAGCCACCUCCUCUCCACCGCCCACUCUAUCAGACGACUUUCCCAUAAUCUCCUUGCCAGGCAGCACAGUCCAGUCCAGCCCACCAAGAAAAGAUCGCCGGCAAGGAGAAAGUGGUAAACCUGCACUGGUGAGACAAGAGCCAGUGAAAGAUAUGGAGAAGAAUGCAGACAGAGCUGCAAAUAAAGAAUCAAACACGGGAACCGCUGAGAAUGUUUCAAUGACUUUGACUGAGCUGUCAGUCUUUAUGAAGAAACAAGAGCUGGACCUGCAGCUGAGAACGGAGAAAGAGAAGGAAGAGGCUGACAUCACAGAGGAGCUUCUAAAACUCACAGAGGAAAAGCGGGAGUUGUCUGGUCUCAGAGGCUUUGAUUGUCCAUUCUAUCACACCACUGAGACUCUGACGGGCUUCCAGGUGCUGCACAACAGCCAGCCCAGUGCUGCCAACAGGGAUAUGCACCACGCAGUAUCAACUCCUAUCAAGGGGGAGAAUGCUUCAAGUGCCAAUGCUGUUGGAAGUGAGAGAGGGGGGAAAACAGAGGACAGCAGGGGUUCAGCCAAUACCAGUCUUGAACAUUCCUGGCAGUUGGGUUUCACCCCCAUCGUCGAUCAACUCCACCGCAGCCUCUCUGUCCAUGAUGAAGAGGUGGCCAAGUUUGGGAUGUUCUCGCCAAGCCCCUGCAAUAAGACCCCCGCACAGGUGCCCUAUGAGUUGUUGUUCGACCUGGCUCUCCCGCGGGCUGCCUCACUCUUUGUGGGAAUGAAAACAAACGAGGCGGUGCAUAAAGCUGCACUGGAGAGACUCUCACACCGGGAGGAGGGGCUGGAGGACGGGGAGGAAGAAGGAGUCACGUCUGCUUCGCCACUGGAGGUGCUGGAUCGCCUUGUUCAGCAGGGCAGUGAUGUUCAUGACAAAGUCCUCAAGAGAUUGCCUUUGCCAAGCAAGUCUGCUGACUGGACACACUUCGGAGGCUCAGCCCCACUGGACGAGCUACACACGCUGCGCAGCCAGCUGCUCCUGCUGCACAACCAGCUGCUGUAUGAGCGCUACAAGAGGGAGCAGCAUGCCAUCCGCAAUCGUCGCCUCCUUAGGCGCAUCAUCAACGCUACUGCGCUGGAGGAACAGAACAACGCCAUGAAGAGCCAGCUGACUCUGCAGAGUGUAGACAUCUUAACUCUGAGGGACAGUCUGCAUGUGGAGCAGCAACGCUACCAGCAGUUGUGGGAUGACCGGGAAACGGUGGUGACAAGGUUGCACAGUCAAAUCCGUCAACUGCAGCAGGGACGAGAUGACUACUACACCAAAAACCAAGAGCUCCAGAGCAAAUUACAGGAAUGUCAAAAAAGGAUGGAUGAACUGGAGGCAGAGCUUCAGAGGGCCAAUAACAAAGUCUGUCACACUGGACAUCUUCUCAAUCAGAUGACUAUCAAGCUGAGCAACAGUGAGGCUACCCAGCAGCAGAUGAGCUUCCUGAACAAGCAGCUGCUGCUCCUGGGGGAGGCCCAUAAGCUUUCCAUGCAGGAGCUGAGCCUCGCUGGUGCCGAUAAUACCAAGGAGACAAAGAUGCUGCGCUCAUCGUAUGGGAAAGAGGUGGAUUCCCUGAGACAAAGUCUGCUAGUGCAGGGCCAGAAACUGGAGGCUGCACAGCACAGGGUUGCUGAGCUGGAAACACACCUGUCUAAGAAGGAGCACCUCAUUGCAGAGCAGAAGAAGUUCCUGGAGGACGUCAAGUGUCAAGCAAAGGUGGAGCUGCAGGCCUCAGACAGCAGGUAUCAAGCUCAAAGGAGAAUCACGCAGCUGCUGCAGACUGAACUCCUGCAGCUCUACAGUAAAGUCGAGAUGGAGGCACCAACUACCACUGCCAACAGCUCGCCAGCAGGGGGCAGAGCUGAUCCCCGUGCUCCUGCUGACUCCAGUGUGUUGCUGCCUGAUAGACCAAGUAAAGUCCAAACUGAGGAGGAGGUCGACUGCAGAAGUCCACACGGUCCUGUGCGGGACAACGGCAGCACUUCAUCGCCCAGCAAACUGAGUAAUUCUUCCAAGACUUCAGCCAACUCCAUGAACGGCAGCCAGGAGGACACUGCCCCGCCAGCGCCGCCGCUGCUGGUGGAGCCGUCCCUUUUGUGUCCCCACGUUAGCCCACUAGCACUCCUGCCCCCUUCGGAUGCCCCACUCACUGUGGGAUCUUAUCCAAGCACCAAAAGCUUCCUGGGUAUGAGGGCGCGCGAGCUUUUUCGAAACAAAAGUGAGAGUCAGUGUGAAGAAGAGCCUGUCCCCCUGGCUGGCCUUGCUCACGACUUGAAGACUGAGAUGUGUGUGGAUGUGCCCCAACCAGGUUCUGAUGCUCAAACAAAUACUAGUUCAUCUAUACCGCCGCUGCCACCUCCUCCAACCACCCAACCUAGUUUACCCUCCAAGGAUGCCCCUGAGCCUUCUCUGCAAGCCUCAAGUCAAGAAAGUCCCCGCAGGAAGAUGGGGCCCGGCAGAGGGCGGGGCCAUGCAGGAGGAGCCCGGCAGCAGCAGCUUAAAAUCAUGGACUACAACGAAGCACAUAAUGAGCAGAGUUAAGUUUGUGCUUUGGCAAAGAGUGAACUGAAGUAGGACAUUGGAGAAGUUGAAAAACGAGAGCAAUAUCAACAACUCGGAAUUCAGUGUUAAUUUGUUCCAAUCCUUUGUCAGGGCAACAGGAUUGCGAUUUCUCUUUUGGCAUAUUCCCAUCAGGAGUCAAACAUUGAAAUGGCCUGUGUGUAAUUGGGUGGAAAUUGUGUGCGGCAUUUAGUAUCUGUAUUUUAAAUGGGUUGCUUUGUUCUCGUUGAAUACACCCGUACUGUUCCGCACAUUAACAAGUGUACACAGAGGUGGGGAGGUUUUUGGUGUUGAGUGCAAUUGAAAGUGACACUUUCAAAAAAAGGAGGAGCAUUUUCUGUAUGGGUCCUGUGUGGAAUGUCCAUAGAAUCAAUAUGGUUGCAAGAACAGGCAGAACCACACUGUUCUGUGUGGUUCUGUUUCAGGUGGCAGUGAGAUGUUUUCGUACUGUAAAACAAGGGAAACAUUUUGAGAAAAUCUGAAUCAGAAAAAGCCUUUGAAGGUCACGGUUUAAACAUAACUCAUCAGAUUUUUGUUCACUGGUUGUCAUAUGAGUUGACUAUGAGGACCAAGUGUUGCAGAAGAUGCUCUGUUUUUCCUCCAGCCAAAAAUGUCAUACAUUUAGGUCAGAUAGAUGCGCAACCCUUGUUACAAAAAAAAAAAAACCAAAACUCUCAAUCCUGUUGUCCACCUGGAACUCCUGCUGUCAUCUCCUUCUGCCUCGCUAUCUAAAAAGCAUGUU